CCCUCUGCCGCGCGGGGAGACCGUGUGCGCCUUGCCCACGGCCACUGACCAUGACCAUGACCCUCCACACCAAAGCGUCUGGAAUGGCCCUGCUGCAUCAAAUCCAAGGGAACGAGCUGGAGACCCUGAACCGCCCGCAGCUCAAGAUCCCCCUGGAGCGGCCCCUGGGCGAGGUGUACGUGGACGGCAGCAAGCCCGCCGUGUACAGCUAUCCCGAGGGCGCCGCGUACGACUUCAACGCCGCGCCCGCCGCCUCCGCGCCGGUCUACGGCCAGUCGGGCCUCGCCUAUGGCUCCGGGUCCGAGGCGGCGGCGUUCGGCGCCAACGGCCUGGGGGGCUUCCCGCCGCUCAACAGCGUGUCUCCGAGCCCGCUGGUGCUGCUGCACCCGCCGCCGCAGCUCUCGCCCUUCCUGCACCCCCACGGCCAGCAGGUGCCCUAUUACCUGGAGAACGAGCCGAGCGGCUACGCCGUGCGCGAGGCCGGUCCUCCCGCGUUCUACAGGUACCCGCGCCGCGCGCCGCGCGCCGCGCCGCGCCGCGCCACGUCGGGGUGGCCCGCCGCGCGCCCGGCGGUCGGGAGGGAGGGAGGGGGCCGCGCCGCCGGGAGCUCGCCGGAGGCCGCAGGCUGCGGGGCCGAAACCGGGCAGCCCGGCCGCAGGGGCUGUGGGACGCGCGGCCCGACCCGGGUCGGGGGGCGGCGGUGGUUGGUAGAUCUUGGUUCGAGAGCCAAGUUCUCUCGCUUGGCAGCAGCUUAA